CGGCACGUUCGUUGGAACUCUGGUGCGUUGGUUCCAUAUUACCUCAAGAUCUCAGUCGUUUCGAUUACGUUGCAAUGUUUUCUGAAGACGCAAGUGUAACACUGCGCUGCACCUGCUAAAGCAGCGGCUGCGUAUAUUCUGAAUUCACGCUAAACAGCUGCGCAUCAAUUAAGUUGGUCGAGGUUGUUCUCGGUUAAAGGACAGCCAGGCUGUCUUCCUCAACUAUCAAUCACAUGUCGACGGAAGAUCUGUCCACUUCCGACAGCGAAGCUGCCUUCGCGGGAGCCGGGGAGCGCUGGGCGCCGGUGGGAGCCGUGGCCAACCCGGAGGAUGAGCAGUGGAAGCAGGGCACGCAGACUGGCUCUGUGUCGUCCAGCGAUGCAGACCUGGUAUCCAGGCUGAGGAAGCUGGAGGAUGAGCAGGAGCAGCUGAACUCGUCGCUCCUCGCGUUAACGUCUCACUUCGCUCAAGUGCAGUUUCGGCUGAAACAGAUCGUCCACGCGCAGAGCGACGAGAAAGAGAGGAUGCUGCUGGAGCUGGAGGAGUUUGCCUUCAAAGGAUGCCCUCAUGUCAUAGGCUGCAGGGCACAUGAUGCUCAGAUGCUGGAAAACUCUGAUGAAUUGAGUGAAAGAGAGAAGAGGGAACGCUUGGAAGCUCAGAGAAAGAAGCAGAAGGAGCUGAUUUUCCAGCUGAAGACUCAACUCGACGACCUGGAACGCUUCGCCUACCAGGAGGGCAGCUAUGACUCACUGCCUCAGUCUGUGGUCAUGGAGAGACAGAGGGUGAUCAUUGAUGAGCUGAUUAAGAAGCUGGAUGUGAAUCUGAAUGAAGACAUUGGGAACCUCACUCCAGAGGAGCUCCGACAGAGAGUGGACGCCGCUAUAGCUCAGAUAGUCAACCCGGCUCGAGUCAAAGAGCAGCUGGUUGAGCAGCUCAAGACACAAAUCAGAGACCUGGAGAUGUUCAUUAACUUCAUACAGGAUGAAGUGGGGAACCCUCUGUUAAAUGAUGGUGUGAAGAGCCAGCAGGCCCGUGCUGCCGGACCAAACACUGGAGCCACUGGAGGGAUGAAGCGAGUGGAUCCCGAACAGGCCCAGAGGAUGCGGGAAACCGGGUUUCAGCUGAUCCAGAAAGCCUUAGCGGUGCUGCAGAUCUUUGCUCUGAGUCAGUUCGGAUGCGCCGCGGGUCACGUGCCCCAGAACGUGUGGUCUCAGGGUGGCGAGGCUCAAGAUUAUGGCCCCCUGCUCCAGAAACUCGAAGGAGCCGUGGAGCGUGUACGUCUGCAAGCCUCCCGCCAGCAGCCCAGCUCUCAGGACGAACACGUGGUCAGCUACUCUGCCUGCCUGAUGCCUGGAGGACCUCGGGAUGAACUCACCGCUUCUGUGCGUAAAGAACUGGCCUUGGCGCUCCGGGACCUGCUGGCCCACGGACUGUACGCUCCCUCUCAAGGCAUGAGCCUGGUCCUCGCCCCCAUUUCCUGCCUGCUGCCCUUCAGCUCUUCUCCCCAGACCCUGCAUCCCUGGGAACUUUUCAUCAAGUACUAUCAUUCCAAAAACGGCCAGGCUUUUGUGGAAUCGCCCGCCCGCCAGCUCUCUCAAUCCUUCAGUUUGCCUGUAGGGGGCGGUCCUGUGACGGUCACGCCCAAGCAGUCUCUGUUAUGGGCCAUCCAUACGGUUCUUAAAGAGCAUGGGCGAUUCAAGCGCAGCGCGGACUCUGAGUUUAAGGCCUUGUUGUGCGUGGCGCUCAAUGAGCAGAGGCUUGUGUCCUGGCUCAACCUGCUGUGUAAGUCUGGGACGCUCAUCCACUCACACUACCAGCCCUGGAGCUACAUGGCCCAGACGGGCUUCGAAGGUGCCCUGCGUAUCUUGGGCCGCCUCAGCCAUCUCACAUUCAGCCUUCCUGUAGAUUUGGCUGUCAGGCAGCUUAAAAAUAUCAAAGAUGCUUUCUAAGUAAAAGAAAUAUAUGGGAAUUUUGAUGGGUUGAGAAAAAAGGGGAACCCUCCCAACCUUCAUAAUCUUAAAAAAAA